CUCGAAUCCUACCCCAAACUUGGAAUUCAGUUCGCUCCACAUCAAUCCACACCCAUCGCCGUGAAUUGUGACAGCUCGCCCUCUGCGCAGACCUGCAGCUCCUUCAUCGUCAUGUGUUGGCUAUAGGACCGUUUGCUUCUGUUGCCCUGGCAUCACUGCGCCUUUGAUCGCAUGAGGAGGAGCAACUUGCUUUGUUUCUGAACCCGUUCCUUCGACCGACCUGCCCUACGAAAGACGAUAUGAAGCUGGACGUAGCAUGGAACACGAGGUUUCUUAUAACUUCGAGGACGAGGACCAGUUCUGGACCGCUCUCGAAGAGACAGUUUCCCGGGAAUGCAACACCCAUGAUAGCAUCGACGAUACUCUGCGAUCCUACAUAGAACUCAUCGGGCGCUGUCAGGGACGCUUUCUUCUGAGCGACAUUGAUCUCGGCCGAUGCGCCUUCAAGCUCCAAGAGUCGCCGCUGUUUACCACCCACGCGGACUACAUCCGCCGACAAUUCAUUCAAUGUCUGAUUGAGGAUGACGAGCCAAACGUCGUGUUGGUGUCAACAUCAUUCCUCAUCACCCAUGCGCAGUUGAACGAAAGGACAUAUGAGUUGUUGAACGACGAAGGCGCAUUCCCGAGAUUGAUCCGUCUCAUAUCGAGUCCGAAGCAACAUGGCCACGAAGGAAUCCACAGGCUUCUUAUGGAACUACUCUACGAGAUGUCGCGCAUUCAAAAGAUUAAAAUAGGUGACCUGGCGCAUGUCGAUGACGACUUUGUCAAGAUGUUGUUUGAAAUUAUAGAACAGGUUUCGGACGAUGUCAAUGACCCCUAUCACUAUCCUACCAUUCGAGUUUUGCUUGUACUCAAUGAGCAGUUCAUGGUUGCCGCUCACGACCCUGCAAAUGGUCAAGCUGCGGUCCCUCUUACCAACAAGGUGAUCAAGGUCUUAUCUGCCCAUGGCAGUGAGUAUAAGACCUUCGGCGAGAACAUUAUUUUGCUCUUGAACCGUGAAGAUGAAACGUCGUUACAGCUUCUGACCCUCAAGUUGCUCUACCUCCUCUUCACAACUCCGCCCACCUACGAAUACUUCUACACCAACGACCUGCGCGUCUUGGUUGACAUAUUGAUUCGGAAUCUGCUUGAUCUGCCUGAAGAGGCAUCGUCAUUACGCCAUACUUAUCUUCGGGUUCUAUAUCCACUUCUUGAACAUACUCAACUACAGCAGCCUCCACAUUAUAAGAGGGACGAAAUCCGCAAACUGCUGGUUGUCUUAGGUGGAGGCCAUCUCACAGAUCAAAAUGGCUCCCAUGAUGGUUUGCAGCAUUGGGGCCAUUUUGAUGCCGUUGAUGAGACGACCAAACGGCUCGUCAAGCGGUGUGAAGGAGUCAGUUGGCUCGCUGACCCGGAAACCGAACCUCCAGUACAUGCAGAGUCUCCCACUGACGAGGGAGCAUCUGAUGUGUCGUCGCCAACCUCUCCUUCGAAAGCUCAUCCACCAGCCCUUCCGGCACCUCGGAAACUGAAGAAACGAAAUUCCUCAAAAGGUUCCACACUGACUAUUGGUCAGUAUCUCACUCCUCGACUCGAAGGAGCCAGACAGUCCAGCUUGAGUAUGAUGGAAGUGGCGGCACAAAAAGAGAAACCAGGGGUAAUCACUCCAAGCAGAAACCCAGGGUUGAAAAACAAUCUUCGAGCUGUCAUAAUGCAAAAGAAGGAGAAACCCCCGCCACCUCAAGCAAGGAGAUCAGGUCUCACACGCAUGAAGGCGGAAAGGAUGGAAAGCGAUACCGAAAUCGCGAAGACAGAGGUCCCGAAGGCGGAGCCUGCGCCCAAGAUUGAGGCCGAAACUCGUACCCAAACUAACAAUCAUCACCAUCGUCAUCCCCCUAUUCCCUUCCAUCAUCAUCAUCACCAUAACCACGGUGCAGCCUCCCCGUCACUAACACUGGAGGAGAAAGAUAAGGAAAAGGUUAAGCCGCCCCCUGUUCCCUCCCAUCAUAAAGGGCACCAUUUCGGCAAGAAGCCCCCGCCCGCUCCCAAAGCACGGCGCAGGCGAGGCAGAGAGGGUAGCGGUGAUAGCACCAGAGAACCAGGCAAGUUCAGCUCAAAUUUGCCGUCCAUUAUUACAACCACAACAUCAGGCGAAAGAAUUGUCGAGGCAAGUCCCUUCUCGCCCGUGGACAAAUCAUUCAGCCCUUCAGAACCGGACUCCGCCUCCACAAUCGACAGUCGGAUAAAGUUACCGGUCAGCGAGGCGUUAGAACAGGCACAGGCCACCGUCCUCGCAGAGAUUGAGGAGACAUUGGAGCAAGUUGAGCUCGAAGAGGAGGCCGAGGAAGAUGUUGCGGGAGAAGAGGGAGAGCCAGAGUUGCCCACAACGGAAGAAGACCAAAAGAAUGAGGCUGGAACUAGCAGCGCAGAUCACGCGACCCAAGAGGAGGAAGACGAGGUAGGCAACAAGCAAGACCGGCCAGGGAUGUCCCGCGCGCAUUCCCAAGAAGAAAUCGAUCAGCAGUUUCACGAUGCCGUUCCCACCCAGCCGCUUUCGCAGUCUCAGACGCUCUCUCCAACACCCUCUCAAAUUCUAGUCCAAUCUCAAACGUUGUCUCCGUACCCAACUGCUGAAGAGAUGGUUACCCCUCCCGAAUCGAUCACUCCGUCCGUCACCGUGACCAUGGCCACUGGCAUGACGGGCGCCAACGCAAUGCAGCAGAGUCAACCUCAGCAGACGCCCACGAUGGUCCUCACCCCACCGGCGCAGGAGCCGUCUCGAGGCGUUCCGGGCCCGCAGUAUGAAUUGGAAAGAAGCCCGUUCCUUACCGACGAGGAGGUCGAGGAAGAAGAUAUGGAUCAGAUGGACGAAGAUGAAGGCGAGCGAUCAUGAGGGGGAGGAGAGAGAGAGAGAGAGUUACAAAGUAGGGAAGGGGCCAGGUGGGUUAAAAUGAUGCCGCACAACGAGAACGGUGCCCACGAUUGAAGUCACGAAGAUAUGAAUGGAACAAGACCAUGCAUGCGUGUCGAGUACAAGGAGUAGAGUAGAGUAGACAGUGUCGGAUGGGGCACUGUCCCGACCUCCUCACGUUGAGGUGAAAUACUGUAGAUAGACUCUAGUCACCGGGAAAACGAGCGCAAUGUCCAUGUCCCUUUUUCAAGUUC